ACCUUGUUUGGGGGAAAACGACUCAUUGUGCAUUACUACUGGUAAUAAAUGUUUUUUUCGUUAGUCAUGCGGAUAUGCUAUACAUCUCUGUGUACGGGAUUCAUAUGAAUAGUUGUUUUCACUUCAUACUCAAAGCACUAAGCUAGCACAACAGUGUACAUAACAGUAGGCAUAUGCCUACACAGUCAAGACUACAAGAGGCGUUUUAAGACGACCUAAGGACAGAAACAUGAGCAGACUUAGGACACUGGCGAUUGCGUUCGAUAGUAACACGAACGUAUUUUCUUCUGGUGACGUCAUCAGUGGCCAGGUUAUCGUACAAGUAGACUCAAACCGCGACCAGGAGGGUUUGAAGAACGUACAAGGAAUAUGGGUGAAGUUUAAAGGGAAAGCUAAAACAAAGUGGACAACCACUAAACACAGCACUGACUCAGACGGGAAUAGUCAUUCGCAUACAAGGACCCACACCAAGAAGGAGAGAUACUUUGACACCAUCUUCGUGAUCUUUGGCAAAGGGAAACAUCAGCGUUCUGCUAAUAAGCUGAACAUUCCACCAGGAACCCAUGCCUACCCCUUUUCAUUUCAACUCCCUAUUGGAAUGUUGCCGUCUCCAUUCGAACACAAAUAUGGGUACGUGAGGUACAAAGUGAAGACGACGCUGUCGCUCAUCAGGACCUUUUCCAAUAAAACCUUCAAAAGAGAGAAGCUGUUUAGUGUGACCGGACCCAUGGUGGACUUGAAUCUCAUACCACAAGCGCAGUCAGGAGUCGAGAGGACGAUGAAGCUCGUCAACUGUUGUGGAUGUGGAUCCACUGUGGAAGAAUCAAUUACCGUCGGUUUACCAAAACAAGGCUACGUCCCCGGAGAGAGCAUAUACCUCACUGGCCAAGUUGACAACCGUGACAGGGAAGAAUCGUGUGAUUUUCACGCCAAGUUUAUGCAGAGAAUAACGUUUUAUUCGAAAUCAAUCAAAACGAAACAUGUGGAUAACAUCCUUGGUGCUGUGAAUGUCAGGGUAGCGACUCCUCGAGGCAGGGUGACAGACUUUAGCCUGGGUCCGAUGCCCAUUCCUCCGGUACCACCUACGGGAUUACCUGGGUGCAACAUCAUUGAUAUAGAGUAUUCCAUUCAGUGUAAGGGCGCUAACGGAAAGUUGAAGUUUCCGAUAGUAAUUGGUACGGUGCCUCUCCGUGCACGGACCCCUGCUUCUUUACCAACUGCGCCACCAGCAAGUAUGCCGUACCCUUCGGCUAUUGCGACGGCACCAGACUACCCCAAAGCAAUGGCAGCAUCGGCCCCUCCAUUUGGUGGUGAAGCUCCGCCCCCAAGUUACGAGGAGGCUGUUGGCAAAACAGAGAGACUGGCCAACGCAAGGAACGAUGAGGAUUACGUCAUUGACGAUCAGUUCGUGCCUAGUUAUCCGUACUUCAACCUUUCGGUUGAUGUACCACCGGGUUCCCGCCAUUAAUCCCAUGGAGUUUAAAGAGAGUGGACACUAUUGGUAAUUGUCACUGAUCAGUCUUCUCACUUGGUGUAUCUCAACAUAUGCAUAAAUAUU